AUGGGCGGGGAUGCAUUGGAAGAGCUAUUGGUAUGUGAAGGAUGGCCGAUUAAUGGAAAACAACUGAGUAAUUUUAUUGGUGAAUCAAUUUCAAAAAUACAAGAUGCUAAUCAAUUAAAGAAACAACUUCUCGAUGCUGAUUUGCGUGAAUAUGCUGUACCGUUACUUUCAGAUCGUAUCAAUAAACAAUUAGGUGAAUUUAAGGGACCUUUGGUCGUUCAAGUUGUAAAGCAACGUAAUGUUUCAUAUCCAAAGUAUAAUGAAAUAACGCAUACCGAUGGUCUUAUCAAGAUUCAGUUAAGUGAUGGUUUCUCCAGCAUUCAAGCAUUACUGUUUGAACCUAUACCAAAGUUGAACGCUGAAACACCACCAGGCACAAAAGUUUGUUUGGCUGGAAAAAUUCCAAUUGAGAAUGGAAUGUUAUUAAUAAACGAAACCAACUGCCAAGUAUUGGGUGGAAAUGUUGAAAAGAUGAUCGAGAAGUGGAACAUGGAAAAGAAUUGGCAACAGAAACCAAUACGAAACAUUGAAAGUAAUGCUCCAAAAUGGACUCAAUUUUCUAAACAGCGAUUACCGCAGUCUUGUCUUCCGGUUAAUGCCACUAAUGAAAUGUUCCGAGCUAAUGAUAUAAUUAGUGGAUUAAACAAAAAAAUGAUUGAUGAACGUGGUGAUGAUUUCAGUGCUGCUAGAAAAGCUCAAAUUGAUCAUGUUAUCGAAAAUAAUGCCAUAAAGAAAUUUGCGCGUAGUCAGUUGAAGCCCAAACCACUAGAGAAUUGUGCUUCAACUUCUUGUAACAAUAACAGCAAGAAAGAUCCGGUGAUAAAAGGAAAACCUGACACGGAAAAUAUGGAUCGACGUUCAGUCCGUGAUGACAAGAAAAAUUUGCUGCCAGUUCAUCGACCGUCGAAUCCUCCUACUCUCUAUGACUUCAUGCAGUCGAAAGUUCCCAUGCCUGAUGGAAUAUCUACAGGAUAUCAAAAUUUUGGUAACCUGCAGUUUCCGAUGGAGAAAAUUGAAACGAAUCAGCAGAAUGUCGAGACUCAAGGAAUGGAUCGACCACGAAGGGGCAGAUUUAAUGAAAGAGGAUUUCGCUAUCAGCAAACUGAUGAUAAUACUAAUGGCUCACAUAUAUUCGAGAUUUCGAACUCAAAUAGGUAUCGAAAACAAUGUAAUUGGCGAUUAGAACGUGAAAAAAACUAUGCAACAAAUAUGGUGAAUGAUAAAGUUCGAGUGAAUCAUGCGGAUGAUCAGUUGGUUUCAACGGCCAACAAAGAAUUAUCGGCACUGCAUCUUUCUUCGAUUGAUAAUGGACCGUUAGGUGUUGGUAAAGCUCAUGAUGUUCCACAAGAAAUUGUGUGUUUUGAAAAUAAAAAUCAUGGUUAUCAGCAAAAUGCAGUUCAUGGGCCAGUAUAUAAACAACAGCAACAACAACAACGACAACAACAGCGACAACAAUACCAACAGCAUCAACAGCAAUAUCAACAACAAUACCAACAACAACAGCAACGACAAAAACAGCAGCAACAACAACAACAAUCUUUCGAUAAUAGAAUGAUGAACGGAGGGAUGCUGCCGGUUUGGAAAAUUGGUGAUAAGUGCCUUGCACCAUGGAGUGAUGGCCAAUUUUAUCCAUCAACACUGGUAUCAAUGGGUCCAGCUGAUAUGUGUACCAUUGAAUAUGAUGAAUAUGGAAAUAGAAGCAGUGUGCCUGUUGGAGUACUUCUUCCAUUUCAGACAUUCUGA